AUGGCAGCGGCAGUGGGAUCUCAGCAACCAGUUUCUACACAAACUGUUGGGAGAGUAUUUGUAGAGAAAUACUAUACCAUUCUGCAUAGCUCGCCGGAGUUGGCUCAUAAAUUCUAUCAAGACAAGAGUACCAUCCAACGUUUCGAGGAGGAUGGCUCCAUGAGUGUCACCACAACCUGUCAAGCCAUCAAAGAGAAGAUUGCCUCGCUCAACUAUGGGGACUUAAGAGUUGAGAUCAAGUCGGUGGAUUCAUCGGAGACUCUUCAAGAAGAUAAUGGCUACUUUGUUUUAAGCGACCAGUUACGAUAUAUUGUCAACGGGAACCCAACUUUAGGAAGUGAUGUUGUGGUGCGUCCGACCACAACACCAGAGGAAUCAGCCAUUGCAGAUGAAGUUUACAGUUCAUCAGAGGAUGGCGACAUUUUGUUCUUUGGUGGAAUAGAAGUUCAAGUAUCCUAUUUCAUUGAUAAGCUGAUGCAUCUCAAGGGAGCCGCUGCAAGUUUUUCUCCCCCUCCAGGGGAUCCUGGAAAAGCACCACUAAACAGUGGACACAAUAAAAAGGCCCAUUGUUGCUCAGAAUAUGUGAAGAGGCCUCCAAAGAAUGCUAUGCAGACGUCACUUGAAGAUGUGUUUAAGAAAUUUGGGCCUACUCAAAAAUACAGAAAUCAAGUUAGAAGGAAGAGGGCUUCUUUUGUUCAAGAAAAAAGAUGGGCAGACUCUCGGACUUCUCCCAUAUCAAUUGGAGGUGACAGUGGUUACAAUAAAGGGGGUCUUGACAGCAGGUUCAAAUUUACAUCUUUUUGCCCAAUAAAAGAAAACCCUAAUUUAAAAGAAGAAUGGAGCCUGCCGAACAGAGAAACAUCCAUGGUCCUUCUCCGGCUACACGCAAAGCACAUCGCCGUCUGCAGAUGCGUAUGCAGGAGUUGGCUCUCCCUAACCACCUCACAGGGAUUCAUCUCUGCACAGCUCGACCAUGCCCGGUCUGAAUCCGAUCCCCAAUUCCUUUUCCACGAAUCAGUCCCGAGUUUGGAAAGAGACAAGGCCCCAGUAAAACCCACCCAAUCAGGCCUCGUCUGCUUUUCCCCGGACACAUUGAUUAUUGGCUCGAUCAAUGGUCUGAUCUGCUCCACUGGAAACUGGAGGUACUGUAGCUGGCCAACCCCCAAUGACAUCUGGAUAUGGAACCCAUCCACUGGGCUCUCAAAGAAACUCCCCAUGGGCAUCCGCCUUUUCGAGCGCUUUUCCAAUAUUCAGGCCACGUUCGCCUUCUGCUGGGACGAAGAGUCUGACGUGUACAAGGUGGUUAGAAUCAUUUCAAAGAAAUGGGAACCAACUUUCGCCGAGGUCUGGUCCUCGGAUAUUAACUCCUGGGAGGAGAUUGACCUCACCGACUGUCCUUAUUUCUAUCACCCCUCAAGCCAUGUGAACUUGGUCCCAACCACCGUCUGCAAUGUGUUUGUCGGGAAUUCCCCCCACUGGGCUGUCCUCGAUUAUGAUGGGAAUCCCUUUAUCCUGUCAUUUGAUGUCAAAACCAGCAAGCUGAAGCUUUUAUCUUUCCCAUCUCAACUAUCUUCUGACCCGGAAGAUGUCGCUAUGCUAAUUACCGUUGGGUGUUGGCAGCUUAUUGUUACCAACUGGAUGGGGGAAUUAGCGGUGCUGGAUUAUUAUUAUAUGACCGCCAAGGAUGAGAAUGAUUAUGAGACGCUGGGCCCUUUACUUUCUGAUAUAAAGAGUAUGUAUAGUCCAUACCGUUUGUGGACGAUGGAAGCGAAUGGUCGUUGGAUUUGUUCAUGUCUGGUUUCUUUUGGUAUUGAUUUCCGUUAUUGCUUGAACUCCGUGGGGGGAGGGAAAUAUAUGCUGCUGCAGACGCCUUCAGAGAUAGCAUUGUACGACAUUCUGGAGAGUCGAGUUAUUAGGACGUAUGAAGGUCGCGAGGCAUAUUUGUAUAUUUCAGCCUUUGACUUUGUUGGGAGCUUAGUGUCGAUGGAGGGGUCUGAGCCCUUUGGAGACGAUUUUAGCAAAUUGGUCACGCUCACCUGGCCGAGUCAUCUGCAGAUGAACUUGAACCCCCGCAAACAACUCUUGAUGCUUCCGGAAAAGGAUAAAUUAUUUGCUGAUGAAAUGGAACGUGAUCCUGACGAGUCGCCCCUCCCUGCACCUUAUUGGGAGAGUCAAGAGCAUUUUAUUAAUCCUUAA